UGAUUCAUGGAUGCAAAAUUUAUCAAUAAACUGUAAGUCAUCGAAAACACUGUGAAUUGUUAAAAUACAACAGCGUUGUUACAUCGGUCUCUAUUGGCUUGCAAUUGCGAAGUAACGGUCGGUUCGAAGCAAUCGACCCAAUAGUGUCCUUCAUUAGUGCUCCCAACUGAUCGAGGACAGGCAACGCAGCGCAUCACAAUGACGAUAAUGGACAGAAUUCGACAGGGCUAUUGGUUCGAAAACGUUCCCCAAAGAACCAUUGUUGCCACCCUGUUAGCGUCCUUGCUGUUCUUUUCAGGCUGGUGGGUUAUCAUCGACACAGCCUCAGUGUACCCGAAUUCGUUCAACUUUUCUUUCUACAUCUGCGGCAUUCUGGCUACGAUAAGCUUCAUCAUGGUCAAUGCCGUCUCCAACGAAAUGCUGCACGGAGGAGCCGCUUUCACCGGUGGUAUCCUUGGCGAGAGUGGAAUUAAGGUUUUUCUUUUUGCUGGAUUUUUGCUCGGGUUCACGUCGAUCAUUGCGGCCAUCUGGAUCAUGGUGGCCGAGUUUGCCGUCAACGAAGCCCGAACCGACAAGUAUCCGGGCUACGCUCUGCUGAUUCACAACAUCUUCAUCUUCUUCUCGACACUCAUCUACAAGUUUGGCCGCCAGAGUGAGAACGACUAUCUGGCCAGCUACUAAAACCGUCCGUCGGCUGGUUCAUGCAUAAAAUGAAUCUUUGAAAAUCACGUCAGCGGGCGUCGGAUCGUAAUAAUUCUCGCAAAUUCCAUACGUGUGCGUUCUCAACAUAUUGUGAUGGCUUUUGGGGGCGAAAAGGAAUAUGCAUUCAACUCCCGAUUUAGACUAAACCCAACAAAGAAUUACCCAUCACUCGGGAAAAAUCAUCCUGCGACACCGAGAUCAUCCAAUGGAACACCAUAGAUUAGUAUUUUACCAUCGACGGGAGUUUUAUGGUUUGAUUAUUAACUACUUAAUACCGUUUUUUGUUUGCUAAUAAACUGGCCCCGGAAUGGUGCGAACGGCGACACCGCGUUGCUGGUUAUCGCGAUUCGUGCGCACACCGGGAAUAAGUGAACUAAGAAAUUACGAAAUUCCAGUAAAAAGGAUCCCUAAAAUAUGAGUAAACAAUAAAGCAACUAUCGUUUAUUUAUACGUAAUCAGCCAAACGGGUU